GGACACAGUAUUCCAUUAAAUUAAUUUCCUCUCUACACAAACGACGAAUAAAUAGAAGACAACAUCGCCACACGCUAACCCCUUUACAAACCGCUUUGGUCGUUGGUGCCCCAGGUGCAGCUUGUGCACUGCCAUGGAUUGGCUGGGGCACUUACAUCCUUGGUAAAGCUGCGGCUUGAAUUUGAGAAUAUGGAUGACCACUAGUAUACUUGUUCAACUGAAGCAUUUGAAGUCCAUCAUACAUCAAUUUCUUGGCGAGAGGGGCAGUGCUGCAUGUUGGCGGCCUGAGGUCAGCCUUGCAGUCCCGUAUAUAUUUUUUAACUGUGGAGAAUCUCCCACUUUUCAAUCUCUUGACCCACACUACCUAGUCUAAAGCAUCGAAAUGUCGCUUUACAGUCAUAGCUCUCGACCGUCUCACAGCGAUGAAGAACGUAGAGAAGACCCAUGUUCUCUAUGUCGGACUGUACACGGGGUCUUCAGGCUGCGACUCAACCGCACUCAUCCUGCACAGUAUUCCUAUAUUGAUUUCUCUGAUGACAUCUUAAAACAAUUUUUCCAUGAUGACUGUUCCAAGUGCUUGGAUAUUGACAUGGAUUCUCUAUGCCCGCCUUGUAAGCAUAUGAGGCUGGGGCAUCUUCUGCGAUGUGUCCUCCCCGGGUUCAAUCCGGAAGCAGCAAAACCUGGAUAUAAGACGAUCUUGAAAACAGGUGUGGUAGAUUUGAACCUGGGGACCCUCCGCGAAUUACAAAAGCGAUCCACAUCUUGCCAGACCUGCCGAACCUUUGUCUACCAAGCGUCAGUGUUAGCAGAUCGGUUUGAAUCUGCAACAGACGAGGUAAUAACGCUCUCAGUGCAACGGAAGCCUGGGGUGAUCCGAGGUAUCCGGCAUGAAUUCACGAUUCAGCCGUCACUUGGUAGAUCUUUUGUGGAUGCACGUUUUGCAAAAAGUACAACAUUUCUUGCAACUAUCGACCCGGCAUCCGGCAACAAUCUGAUAUCCUUACAACGGCCGCAGCCGAAAGUGAACUGGAGCGCAGUCUCUUCCUGGCUCCAAGAGUGUGACAAUAAUACUGAGCAUGAGAAUCCUUGUCGCCCUGAAGUACGCCAGUUACCAGUUCAGGGAUUCCGUGUCAUUGACGUAGAGAAGAGGCGCGUGGUACUCUCAUCUCAACCCUGUAGAUACGCUACAUUAACAACUACAAAAAACAUCAGACACCUUGAGACGGAAGGAUCUCUGACCAAAGAGAAUUACUUAUCGGCAACAAUCGAUGAUGCAAUCUAUGCUUGCUCCAGAUUACAGAUACCAUUCCUUUGGAGGUCAGACCAAAAAACAGCCCAGCUCAACGCGAUGGGUCAAAUCUAUAGACAGUCCUAUUUAACCCUGAUUGCGAUCGCAGGAAGCGAUACUAACUAUGGUCUUCCGGGCACACAGGGGCAGCAGCGGUGCCCACAGUGGACGGGCCAGACACAGGGUAUUUACCUAGAGUCCAAGUGGAGCAGUCGAGGAUGGACAUUUCAGGAGUCUGGCGUUUUCUACCAAUGCCGACCAAGGACUCAUUUUAAAGACGAGGAUCAUGGAGAUCAAGAACUUGGCUUCUCAAUAGCCCAAAUGCCACUGUCGUCAUACGAGGACUUAUCCGAUAUACUUGACGCCUUCUCGGGGGUUUUGCACUUGAUAUAUGGAGUCGAGCAUCAUUACGGUCUGCCAUUUAGUGAUUUCAGUCGGGCAAUUCUUUGGGUAACCGAAGACGGGAGAUACCCCAUGCGGCCUCCGUGCAUUUCAAAAACGUUUCCGUCAUGGUCAUGGUCCUCUAUUGAUAAUGCUAUAGCACCAGCCUCUGCCCAAUGGGCAAUACCACCAAGAUAUACACAAUCCUUUUUGAAGAUCCUUCCGAACCCAUCUACGCAACAACAUGAGUUGGAUGAUGAUUCCAAAAAGGUUUUUCCUUACAGCCAAGAGCACAUACUGGCUCGACUUGCUGUGUUGAUGGCCUGGAAAGGGGGGUGUUUUCCUGGGACACUCCCAGACUGCCUUAAUGAAGGCACAUGGGAGCAAUAUGAUACCAUCAUCCGCCAGAGAUGGGGAUCACUCGCCGGCAUGACUGACGAAGCAUAUUGCAUGCAAGGGGGGCAUCUUACUGCCCAUGAACAAGAGACAAGAUUUCCAAUUCAAAUGCAACAUGCUUGUACAGAUGGAUGUAUUAUGCUUUUUACCCAGUCAAAGCGUCUUCAGAUCAGAGAAAACAAAGAAUAUGAGCAAGCUAUGAAACUUUUCGAUCAAGACAGCGGUAUAGUCGGGUGGCUCACACACCAUAGUAUCAACUGGGAGCGGCUUCGGAAGAUUCCCUCGUGGAAUUGCGGUGCUGAGUUUGAUGUUCUGGCUCUGUCCAUCUCGUACCAGACGCGCUGGGUCAAUGAGAUCUGGGGAUUCACCGCGGUCAAAGAAUAUGGCCGCGAGGCGUCAAACUGGUAUGACUCGGCGGGAAAAUGUUAUUUUAUCGAGGAAGAUGAUGACAAAGAGUACCCCUGGAUCAGUCUUCCCUGCGUUAAUUUGAUGGUCGUCGAGACAAAAAAUGGGAUCCGCAGGCGCAUUGCGCUAGCAGAGGCUCCUCUCAAAAUCUGGAUCGAGUCGAAACCCGAGUUUCACACAUUUAUUCUUGGUUAGAUAGAUGAUAGGAUACGCUCUACAUAGUCAAAGUGGGGCAGCUGGACAACCUAUACUCCAGCUGAAUCUG